UAUAUAGGAAUGUUCAAAUAGGCAUUGUGAGCAACUGGGAGUCCGUCAUUGUUCCCGGGAAGAUUCGUAUAACCUCUUCCUAUUUGCACAAUAUUUGCAAAAAAUAUGUGUGCUUGCUUAAUUUCCAAGUCGUUAUUAGUAAAUUGACAAUUUUUAAAAACGAAGUCUACAUUUCUUCUCGAUCCACCAGAAAUUAUUUACUAAAAAAGAAUUUGACAGUUCGAACCCCGACAAUUGCAUUUUCACAACAAUUUAAAUUAAGAUUAUUCCUUGUACUUUUGUACGAAUUUCGCAAUGAGAACGAAUUUGACAGUAACUGUGAUUUAAAGAAAUAAAAAAAAUUAAGAAUAUAUUAAUUACUAUUGAAUUACAAAAAUAUUUAAUUGAUUAAUACGUGUGUUGUAAUUUUUGCAAACAUCAUCAGCAAGUGUGAUUGCAGAAAAAUUGUGUAUUAGUGGUGUUCUGUUGACAUUACCAAAUGUCAAAAAAUAAAUUAAAUUUAACAUUACCGCCUGGCUCAAUAGAACCAGUACCAGCUGUUUCACCAUCUCCACCAGUACCACCGCUGCCUAUUUAUUCUGAACCACCAGUAAUACCAGACGGAGUUAUGGGUAAAAUGAGUAUAGACGCAAUCCAAGAAAGGCUAGAGGAAUUAGAAAUGGAUGAGGAACAAAGGAAAAGAUUAGAAAGCUUCUUAGGACAAAAGGAGAAGGUUGGAGAAUUGUGUGCUGAUGAUUUUGAAAAGCUUGGUGAACUUGGUGCUGGGAAUGGUGGUGUUGUAAUGAAAGUGAGACAUAAAAAGUAUGGUCUUAUAAUGGCUAGAAAGUUAAUACAUUUAGAAGUUAAACCUGCUAUAAAGAAACAAAUAAUUAGAGAACUAAAAGUUCUUCAUGAAUGUAAUUUUGCCCACAUAGUAGGUUUCUAUGGUGCUUUUUAUAGUGACGGAGAAAUUAGUAUAUGCAUGGAAUAUAUGGAUGGUGGAUCUCUUGAUUUAAUAUUAAAGAAAGCUGGCCGAAUUCCAGAACCUAUAUUAAGUACAAUCACUUCUGCGGUGUUAAAAGGUUUGAGCUACUUACGAGACAAACAUGCAAUUAUGCAUAGAGAUGUAAAGCCUAGCAACAUUUUGGUGAAUAGUGCCGGAGAAAUAAAAAUUUGUGAUUUUGGUGUAUCUGGUCAACUAAUAGACUCUAUGGCGAAUUCAUUUGUUGGAACAAGAAGUUAUAUGUCGCCAGAGAGACUUCAGGGCACACAUUACUCUGUACAGAGUGAUAUUUGGUCGCUAGGGCUAUCCCUUGUAGAGAUGGCUAUUGGAAUGUAUCCAAUUCCACCACCAGAUGAGAAAACUUUAGCUACAAUAUUUAGCACUCCACCAGGACAACCACCUGCAGACACUGCUACUACAAAUAAUGCUUCCACUCCAACACAGUCACCUGGUCACAAUACAGGUAGUCCACGACCAAUGGCUAUAUUUGAAUUAUUGGACUACAUUGUUAAUGAACCACCGCCAAAACUGCCAGCUGGAAUCUUCAGUGAUGCUUUCACAGAUUUUGUUGAUCGUUGUUUGAAGAAAAACCCUGCUGAAAGAGCAGACUUAAAGACAUUGAUGAAUCAUGAGUGGAUAAAAAAAGCUGAAUCUGAAAAUGUGGAUAUUGCUGGAUGGGUAUGUCGUACAAUGGAUUUACAGCCGACUACACCAACACGUUUAGCGAACGUACAAUCCUGAAUAAAUGUUACUCUUACAUACUUGACUACCUAUAUACGCGUUCAGUACUCUUAAAUAAAUUUCAGUUUCUUUUCGUUUAAUUGGUGUAGACAGUGGCGUUCAUGAACUAUUUCUUUAUGAUAAUAAUUCUUAAAUUUAAACUGGUUCGCGAUUUUGAAAAUAGACUACUAUUUUUUAUAAUCUGUUAGUACCCAAAAUAAAUUUAAAAUAUAAUUGCUCAAUCAUUAAUUAGUGUUUGUGGAAAAGCAUUUAUUCCAUAGAGUAAAUUAGUACGUAAAUGUAUAUUGUGACACACCGUGCCGUUCACUUAAUUUUUAUAAUAUAACUAAAAUUAAGCAUGAAAAUAUUUUAGUUUGUAAUUUACAUACAAAUAAUGUAUUGCUUUAACUUUUAUAAUUAUAUUUAAAAUUGUAGAACAUUUAAUUAUUUUCACAUGUAUACUAUAAUCUAAUUUCAAAGUCGCGAUAUGAAAAUCAUGUAGAAAUGAACAUGUUCAAGAUGUAAUUAAUUUUACUGUACAUAUUAUGAGACACAAAAACGUGUUUCAAACAUAUUUACAUAAAAUACGUCACUGUACUUGAAUUUUAUUCUUUUUAGACGUAUUUUUUUAUUGUCUUAUGCUUUUGUUGAAAGUAUGUAAGAUGAACGAUUAUCGUUAUAAGUUAAACAUUAUUGUACUCUCAUGGGCAAAUUGUGUUCCCUAUGAUGAUACUAGGAUACAUAAAUGGGCAUCGAAUUUAUGAGAACAUUAUUGAUUCGAAUGAAAAAAAAUUGUUAACUAGAAAUCGAGUUACUAGUAUAACGUUUGUACCUGACAUUCGUAGAACAUUGUUUACUCCAUUGGAAAAAACUUUUGUUCCAUUAUUAAUAGAAUGCCAUGCUAUUUUUUACAAGCGACUAAUCCACGAUUCGAUGUGAUUUGAAACUGUAAUUAACUAAGACAGUGUUUCGAGUAAGUGGAUAUAAAAAGUAUUGAACAUAUGUGUA